AUUUUUUGGGGUGUGUCAUCGCCGCAUCUUGGCCAUACGCCGCACUGUUGCAGCCAAAACCCACUGCGAGUGCACCUCGGCUGCACCGUCAUCCUCCACGCCAAGCUUCGAGCCACAGCGACAUCUCCGCCGAUCCACAGCAUGAGCGAGUACCCAGCGGACACGCCGGCGCAGCAGAAGCUGCGCGAUAUACUCAUCGCCGAGAAGCAGGAGCACCUCUACAAGGACUGGAAGGCGAGCGACACGAAAGAGCAGCGCAAGGCGUUUUACGAUCAAAUCGCGACCCUCGACGGCGCGUAUCCCGGCGGCUUGAAAGCCUACCUCGCGUCGGCGCGCGAUCUGUUAGCGGCGUCGGCCAAGGGCGCCAACCCCUUGGAGGGCUGGACGCCGUCCGUGCCCCAAGGCGAAUCGUUGCAGUUCGGCAGCGAGGCCUGGUUGCAAGCGGAGGACCUUGGCAGUCAAGAGGUCUCCAAAUGCGCCUUCGUGCUCGUCGCGGGCGGUUUGGGCGAAAGAUUAGGCUAUUCCCGCAUCAAGGUCGAGCUGCCGACGGAGACGGCGUCGGCGACGAAAUACCUCGAGUACUACGUCAAGACGUUACUAGCCUUAGGUGACCGGCUGCCUUUGGCCAUCAUGGUGUCCGGCGACACCGAGGCCAUGACGCGGCAACUCUUGAAGGAAAAUAACGACUUUGGAGCCGCCAAGGGCCAGAUCACGCUCAUGAAGCAGGAAAAGGUGCCCGCGCUCCAGGACAACGACGCUAGAAUAGCACCCUUAUCAACGUAUGAGGUGCAGGCCAAGCCCCACGGCCACGGCGACGUCCACGUUUUGUUACAUCAGUCCGGUCUCGUGAAGAAGUGGGCUUCGCAGGGCCGGAAGUGGGUCUACUUCUUCCAGGACACGAACGCUCUAGGAUUUCGACCGUUGUUGGCUACGUUAGGAGUGUCGAAACAACAUAAUUUGCACUGCAACUUUCUGACCGUUCCUAGAUUGCCCGGCCAGGCCGUGGGCGGCGUGGCCAAAUUAACGCAUGAAGAUGGCCGCGAGAUGACGCUGAACGUCGAGUACAAUCAAUUGGGACCUCUCCUGAAAGCUACCGUCGAUCCCAGAGGAGAUGUGGCCGGCGCCGACGGAGUCCACUCGCCCUACCCGGGCAACAUCAACCAGUUCGUCUUGGCGUGUGGGCCCUACGCCCAAACUUUGGAGAAGACGCGCGGCGUCAUGGGCGAGUUCGUGAACCCCAAAUACGCGGACUCGACGAAGACGACCUUCAAGAAGCCCGCCCGGUUGGAAUGCAUGAUGCAGGACUACCCCAAGGUGUUGGCGAAGGAGGAGAAGGUCGGUUUUACGUCCGUGGACGCCUGGAUCUCGUUCUCGCCCUGUAAAAAUGCCACGGCCGACGCCGCCACGAAAAGUCCACCAGCGUGUGCUUUAUCGGCAGAAGCGGACCAGUACGCCCACUGCGCGGAAAUGUUACGGUGGUGCGGGUGUGCCGUCGAGAAGCAGUCCAUGCCGGAGGCGUGGGGCGGCGUCGCCGUCGACAAUCUAAGGCCGGCCAUCGUCCUCCUGCCGUCCUUCGCCACCUCUCUCAAGGCGCUGAAGGGUCGCGUGCCCUCCCCAAAAUUCGUGACCGUGACGGAGCGCUCCACUUUAAUACUGGAGGGCGACGUCACCGUGAAGUCGCUCCAAUUGGACGGCGGCCUCGUCGUCAAAUGCGCGCCGGGCGCGUCGUGCACGAUAGAGCACUGCGUCGCGGCGAACGCGGGUUUCGUGCGGGGCCCGGCGCCGGGCGACGCGCCGGAAGCCACGGCGAUCCGCGGCUACGUCACCGUCAGGGGCGGCGACGUGCCGUCGUUCGACUUUACGAGCGGGUCCUGGGUCGUGACGAGCGAGGGCAGCGGCGUCGUGGCGCGGCGCGCGGCCGAGGAGGGGUGCGCGGGAUGCGUGGUGGCCUAACCUUAUCAAGUCUA